AAAAACAGUCUGGUUCUACAGAGAUUAGAAGUUAGUAACCUUUCUUGGUAAUUUGUCCUAAUGCGAGAGACAAAGGUUGAAGAGAAAGUGACAAAAGAAGAGACAUCUAGAUCAUAAAGUCUCGACAUCUCGACGUUUCGAGCGAAGGCCUUUCGUCAACGAAGAAAACCAAGAGAAAACCAAGCGUUCGAUUUGCUUUAGCGGUGCAAGUACAAUUGCGUGCGCGCCGUCAUGGCGUUCAGUCGGGGAUUUUUGUGCUCCCGCAAUUUGUUAAUAAUUUUGUAUUUUUGUUUGAUUUUAAAUGGUUCUAUAGUCAAAAAGCAAAGGGAAAAAUGUUUAUCUUGUACUAGUUCAAUUUUAUACGUGUCAGAAUUACUCGCUUGCUCAAGACCUGUCUAUAAUGGAAAUAUGCGAAGAAAAACCGUUAAACAUAAACCGCUAGGAAACUCGAUGUAGCUACUUUCUUCUUGGAUCAAGAUUGUUUAUAGACACUUCUAUUGCUAUCAUUCUUCUACCUUUAUCUGGUGAUAUUGAAAGUAAUCCUGGUCCUGUGUUUGAAAUCCCUGGUUGUUUAAAAAGGGGGCUCAAAGUAACUCAUCUUAAUGUAGGAAGUUUAUUUCCGAAGAUUGAUUUGGUACGCAUGUUUAUCAGCAAGAAUCCAUAUUACUCGUCAAGACGGUAAAGAUGAAGCUGGUGGUGGAACAGCUACUUAUGUUAAGGAGAAUUUGCCAUAUCGAACACGUGAUGAUUUAUGUAGUAAAAGAAUUGAAACAUGUUGGAUUGAGAUUAUACGACCUCGUACGAAAUCAAUGUUUAUUUGCUCGGCCUGUAGACCACCAGAACUUCCACUAAGUAAAUUUAUCGAGGAACUAAACAAAGAUCUUGCUAAAAUUCCAGAAAACGCAGAACUUGUUUUAUUGGGUGAUUUCAGUGUUGACUACAGUACAAACAACGCUCGACGGAUAGAUCGCGCAUGCAAUCACUUGCGCGAGCUCACUCGAUCGAAAAAAUCGUUACGUCACCAACAAGAAUCACGGAAAAAACGCAAUCAAUGAUUGAUUUGAUUUUUGUGAACAAUAAUCCACGCGUUGUUUCUAGCGGAGUUUUUCCUUUGUCAAUCAUGCUGCAGCGAUCAUUCCCUUAUUAUACUGCACAAUUAAAGCUGGACUUCCUAAAUUUGGCAGAUGUUAUAGAGACAUUAAUUAUCGUUGCUACAAACGUUACAGUGAAAGCAAAUUUAAAGAUGAUCUAUGAAAAUCAGAUUGGACUUUCGUUGACACGUUAAAUGAUAUUAAUGAAAUUACCAAUAAGUUUUGCGAAACAUUUUGUGAAUCGGCCGAUAAGCACGCCCCUAUGAAAACCAAGAGAGUAAAAAAUCUACCGUAAGAGCACCAUGGAUGACCUCUGAACUUCUUAACCUCAUGCGAGAACGCGAUUUCCAUUUACGACAUGCCCAAAAGUAUAAUCAGAAUACCACUGGAAUAUGUACCGCGAUCUUAAGAAGAGUUCAACAAGUAAAUCUCAAUGGUACUUUAUCAUCCAUUGCAACGUGCCCUGCCGGAGUCGCGCAAGGCUCUGUAAUAUCUCACAUUCUUUUUAAUACCUACAUUGAUGAUUUGGAGAACGCCUUACCAGAACAACUAAAAGUCAGUACGAAUAAGUAUGCAGAUGACUGCACACAACACCAAAUAGUGAGCGUACAUUCUAAUAGUAAUUUACAACAAUCUAUCAAUGAAGUAAAUAACUGGGCUGUGUUAAAUAAAAUGGCAAUUAAUGCUAAAAAAACUAAGGACAUGUGGAUCUCUUUCACAGACGCUAUACCUGAACCACCACGUCGUCGUAUUGGAAAUGAGUUAAUAGAAAGGGUCAACGUUUUUAAAUUACUUGGCGUAAAAAUAAAUAAUCUAAAAUGGAACGCACAUGUUGAAGAGAUUACACGAAAAGCAAAUAAACGCCUCUACCAUCUUAGAGAAUGCGGGAAAUUGCGGUUACCAGUUGAAGUCGGUAUUAUUACCUAUCAAUCCAAACUAAGACCAAUUCUCGAGUAUGCAUCACCUGUCUGGGAGGGACUCCCUAAUUGCCUGCGAGAUGAAAUAGAGCGGGUUCAAUCCAGGAGCUUACGAAUCCUUGGUCUGGAAAAAGAUUACCUGCCACCGUUGAACGAAAGAAGGGAAGAGGCAAGUAGUCGAGAAGUGGAUAGGUUUAUGAACGAUCCAAACCAUCCCUGUCACAGUGUUUUGCCCAAAUUAAUUAACAAUCAGUACAAUUUAAGGAACAUUGACCGGAAUCUUAAUAUAUCAUUCUUCUCAGGAAAUGAAAGGCAUAAACUCUCUUUUUCAGGAAGAGCUUGUAAAUAUUUAUAAAUAGUUUUAACUUCUUAGACAUAUUCACAGCAUAUACUUUAUUAAACAAGUAAUUGUAAGUCCAUUGUACUUUUUUAUCUUAAGAUGGAUGAAUAAAGCUAUUAUUAUAAUUUCAUAAACCAGCAAGUUAAGAUAUGUAAAUCCAACUACUAUCAAAAUGACAACAGAGAUAAACCUGCCGAACAGCAAGUUUAUACAUGCCCUUUAAUAGCAUUAUAAAGUCUGCCAUAUGGACAAUCUUUCCACGACGUACCGCCAUCAUAUGUGAAGAAGAUCCAGUCGGGUGAGUUUUUCGAACUAUCAAAACUUUUGUCAAAGAAUGUAUUUAAUACGGCAGACGAACAGCCUGUUAUGUUAACGCUCGAAAAUUCUGUUAGCAAAGUUGAGUCAUCCACUCAGUCUACCACUAGCAUUACAGAUAUCGAGAAGUGGACGACGGCGUUCACCACAUACAUGAGCUGUUUUGCUCAUGAAUUUCCUAACCGAGCACAGGAGUUCUUACAGUAUAUGAGUAUCAUUCGCCAUGCUACUUAAUGUCACAAAGGGGUGGGUCGGUGUAUAUAUAAUAUCAAGUUUCGUCGGAAGGCUGCCCUUAACCAAUCCCUCAACUGGUCUGAAAUAAUGAUAAUGGCUGAUGAUCUUUACUGUACACCCAGCUACCCUUAAAGAGGAAUAUCCUCUUUUCAUUAAUGGACCCCAACAAUAUGCCACCCUGGGGGCCGAACAAGAGGGCAUCUGCUGGGACUUCAAUAGGACCGGAGUGUGUAGACGAAAUCAAUGUAAAUAUCGCCAUGUUUGCAACCGCUGUUAUGGGGAACAUCCUGGAAAUACCUGUUCUGGUGAUGAAAGGGCCCGAGUGCACACAACAAAAGCAAAGCACUCAACCAGCGGCCAUCGCCAGUCCACCCAAGCUAAACGCUAAUAAUGUAGUUAACCCACUAACUCCUAUUUUUGUAUCUAAAUUAAAAGAUUUUUCAGCAGAACAUCCCGAUCCAACGCUUGUUUCACAAUUAUGUUCAAAUUUAAGAGAGGGGACCCGUAUAGGUUUUGAAGGGCAGAGGACCCCCAGAUGUUAAAAAAAUUUGCCUACUGCCCUUACCCAACCGAAUAUUAUAACGGCUAAUUUGGCACAUGAAAUUUCUCUUGGCCGUUUGGCUGGUCCGUUCGAGACUACACCAUUUCCUAAUUUCCAAGUCUGGCCAAUCGGUUUAGUACCUAAAAAGAAUUCGGCAAAAUUUCGAACAAUUUUUCAUCUUUCUUUUCUAAAGGCGGGUCAAACCCGUAUCAACGCAUCAAUUUCCAAGGAAGAUUUCAGUCUCCAGUAUGUCAGAAUUGACAAUGCAAUCGAAUGCAUUUCGGCCACGGCUGGGUUUUUUUUAGCUAAAACUGACAUUGAAUCUGCCUUUCGGCUAAUUCCUGUCCAUCCAAACGACUACGAGCUUCUCGGCAUGUACUGGGACGGGAAAUAUUAUCAUGAGAAAGUUUUACCUUUCGGUCUCUGAAGUGCUCCGUAUCUUUUCAACCAACUUUCAGAUGCUAUUGAGUGGAUCUUAACAAAUAAGUGUAUGAUUUCAUUUGUAUGUCAUAUUUUGGAUGAUUUUCUUAUUUUGGAGCCACCAGCCCUGGUGCGCCCACAGGAUCACACUUGCCAACAAAGUUUAACUGCCAUGAUGCUUACAUUUAAGAGCCUUAACAUCCCAGUAGCACCAGGCAAAAUACAAGGUCCAGCAACUGUAUUAGAAUUUAUGGGUAUUAUCCUGGACAGUGUUCGAAUGGAAGCACGUCUUCCUGCUGACAAAAUUGAACGCCUCCGUGUUGCCUUUGAUAUAUUUCAAAAAAGGCGGUCAUGUACCUUGAAAGAACUUCAAUCGCUUAUAGGUUCCCUUAACUUUGCAUGCAAGGUUAUUCCCCCAGGGCGCCCUUGUUUACAGAGAAUGAUCGAACUGGCAAGAAAUAUAAAACAGCCCCACCACCUCAUAAAACUUAGUGCAUGCUUUUUUAAGGAUCUUGAGAUGUGGAAACAGUUCAUUGUUAACUGGAGCGGUUCAAGCUUUUUCUUGUCUUCUGCAUGGGAAGACUCGGAAUGCCUCGAGCUCCAUACUGAUGCAUCAGGGGUUUGGGGCUAUUGGUGAUUCUUCAGGGGGAAAUGGUUUCAAGGUAAAUGGGAACCCCAUCAGAAAUUAAGAGAGCCGGAAAUUAGCAUAGCCUGGCAAGAAUUGUUUGCCAUAGUGGUUGCAUGUCACAUAUGUGGGGAAUCUCUCCAAAACAAACGCAUAAACCUGAACUGUGACAAUGAAUCAGUUGUUAACAUUGAUAAUUCCAAGCGAUCAAGAAUUCCCCGGGCAAUGGAUCUCCUCCGUCACCUCACACUGCUGACAUUAAAGUAUAAUAUAUACAUCAGGGCAAAGCACAUACCAGGAAAAUAUAAUGAAAUUGCCGAUUCCCUUCCUCGUUUCCAGUUUCAAACGUUUCGGCUCCUAGCACCUGAAGCAGAUGCCAUCCCUCACAAAAUUCCAGACCUCUGCUGAAAAUCUAAAGACAUUGAACAUUAUAUUGAUUUGUCACUGGCUGCCUCGACCAAACAGACUUACAGUGCUGGGGAAAAACGAUUUAUCUCUUUUGUCAACUUACAUCGGUCCCAAGAAGGAAAACAUCUCUUACCAGCAAGUGAAGAAACACUCAUGAAAUUUUCAGCCUAUUUAGCCAAAAGCAUCAAACAUUCGUCAAUCUCGCAACGGUUCGUCAUUUUCAUAUAAGAAAUGGUUUUUCAUUAGAUUGGCAAAAGAUGUUGCGCCUCCAAUUGGUUCUUCGACGUAUAAAACGGUCACAAAGAGAUAAAGUACGAGUGCGUCUGCCAAUAAUAAUCUACCACUUAAAACUUUUCCAUAUGAUGCUACGGUAGCAUUACCUGUCACAACAAAUUUCGACUCAAUUAUGUCUUGGGCUGCCAUAACAUUGGUGUUCUUUGGCUUCCUGAGGCUUGGAGAGUUAACAUGUAAUUCAAAAUUCAAUGGUGAUACUCACCUCAUGCCAGAAGAUGUUGUUUUCUCCAACGAAAUCCAACCAACUACUGUCAUUUUCACACGCAUAAAAUUAUCCAAAACUGACCCCUUUCGGGUUGGGCACACAAUAACCAUUGGAGGAACAAACACACCACUUUGUACAGUGUUGGCCAUGAAACAAUAUCUAGCCAUAAGAGCGCCAAAAUCAGGUCCUCUGUUUGUAAAUGCUGUGGGUAAACCACUUACAAAACAGGCACUAGCACUAGAAACACGAAACUGCUUGCUCAAGCUUGGUUCAAUGCCUGAAAAUUUGUGGGUCAUAGUAGUACAGAACUGAUGCUGCAACGACAGCAGCUGCAGCGAAAUUACCUUCCAGGCUUAUUAAAACUUUGGGUCGCUGGUCUUCUGACUGUUAAUUAUGAACGAUAUAUACAAACGCCUUCAUCAACACUAUUGAGCGUUGCAGCCACACUAGCCAAGAUUUGAGAACUAUUUUACUGAAAAAUCCUGAUCCAACUUUCAGGGCGAGGGCAUAUUGUCUAUGGGGAAUGCGUUUGCUGCGCAUUUGUAAGGAUGGAUGUAUUAUACAGUUUAUUUUAAUCAAUGUAUUAUACAGUUUAUUUUAAAAUAAACAACGACCAUCACGGGAAUCUACUACCCCUUGGACACUAAAGUAAACAAUGGCCAUCACGGGGAUCUACUACCCCUUGGACAUUAAAGUAAACAAUGACCAUCACGGGGAUCUACUACCCCUUGGACAUUUAGGAUGCCCAUCUCGGGGAUCUACUACCCCUUGGGUAAAGUCCAACAUGGGGGAACCACGACCCCCUGAGGACAUAUAAUUAUAUCAUAAUCAUAAUGCUGUAAUAGUGAGUCUGUGGGGUGACACCUUGGCCACAGUUUAAAGUAUAAUCGGAGCAUUUCUCCGCAUUGUGUCUUAAUUGUUUUUUAUUGGUCUCUGAAUAUCCGCUUAAUGGUUAAAUUAAGCGGUGCAUUAAUUUGGAAAACAGUAAGGUUGUGAAGUCACUUCUCGCAAUCCAACUAAAACCACUCCUUCCUGUAUUAUCAGUGAAAACGUCCCGGUAAACGACCCACGUUCCAUCGCAACAAUCAUGAACGACUAUUUCUCAUCUAUAGGAUCCACGCUUGCGAACAAAAUUAAAGAUCUAAUCAAACCUAAAUUGACUAAUACCACCGCUACAUCACCCCAUUCCCUUAAUUUCAAAUAAGUUGAUGAAAUGCCUGUGUUGCAGGAAUGAGUAAACUAAGAACUAACAAAGCCACUGGUCUGGACGGAAUUAGUGCUUAACUACUCAGAGAUUCCGCUUAUGUAAUUGCACCAUAUUUGACCAAAAUUUUCAACCACUCCUUACGCUGUGGCUCAUUUCCCGACAUCUGGAAGAAAGGUAGAGUUACUCCAAUUUUCAAAUCUGGAGACCCAACUUCGUCCAACAACUACCGACCAAUCACCAUCCUACCAACCUUGAGUAAGUUACUAAAACGAAUCGUCCACCAUCAAGUUUACAAUUCCCUGCAAGAACACAAGUCACUAGCUUCCCAGCAAUUCGGUUUUCGUUCCAAACUGUCUACUACCAUUGCCCUGGCACAUUUUACUACUGGAUAAUCGCGAUCACAGAAAGAUUACUGGUGCCGUCUCUAUCGACCUAAGGAAAGUUUUUGAUACCGUCGGCCAUGCAUACCAUCUUAUUGCAGAAAUUGAAAACAAUCGGUUUUACCUCGUCUGUUCUCGACUGAUUCUGCUCGUAUCUAUCAAACCGUACCCAAGUAACCAUGAUCAACAGUUCAAUGUCCCAAGCCAGUAACUGUCGGAGUCCCUCGGGGAAGUAUUCUUGGACCACUUCUCUUCCUUAUUUAUAUUAAUGAUCUACCUGAAUGCCUGACCCACGGCAAGUCGAUACUUUAUGCUGAUGACACACACCUUUAUUAUUUUGCAGAAAGUAUUUCCGAACUACAAUCAAAACUUAACUCCGACGUACGAUCCCUUUCCGGUUAUCUUAACAACAACCUCCUUACACUCAAUCAUGACAAGACAAAGUUCAUAAUUUUCGCCGGUAGACAACGCCCAACAUCAACAUCUCUAUUUGCAAUCGACGAUAAAACGAGAACGAUCGUUGAAAUAUCUGGGCAUCACAAUUACCGAGAACCUUACCUGGCAUGAACUAUUGAAAAAUUAAUGGGGAAAAUCAACCAAAGACUGGAUAAUCUCGAUCGUGAAUAAUAUAAUCUUGGAUAAUCUUGAUCGAAACUGGAUAAUCUCAAUUGAUCGAUUCAAGCUGUGUGAAAUAUUUCUUGCCGCUGGAUGCAAGACAGAUUUUCUAUACCGCGACAAUACUACCGCUAUUCGACUAUGGCGAUGUUGAACUCCCUGCAAACCUUGGAAAAUAAAGUAGCGAAAUUAAUACUAGAUCUUCCUCCUCUUUCUUCGGCAACCGAAGCUCUCGCUACAUUACUCUGGUUAACUCUCUCAUUUCGCAAAUAUAAACAAUGGACUGAUAGAUUUCGACUUCAAUCUGACAACUAACAGCAGAAUCCAUUCCGACAGCACAAGAUCGUGUAACAACCUCCAUCUCCCAAAAGUCAACACGAACUGGGGGGUAAACAUAAAGUCUUUCGAAGCGAACCAUUUAACCACAGAGUCAAGAACGUGUUGCAGAAGGACAUCUUUAUCUGUCUGCGAUUGAAUUGCAUGAUAACGUAAUUACAUGAGAGCGCAACAGUAAGACUUUUUGUUGUAUUUGUGGAAAAGUGUCACCUAUCAAGAAAAAGACUCCAAAUCCAAAAUCUCAAUCACGAAAACGAGGCUCUAUAACCAAGACUGUGUACUUUCCGUUUGGAUGUGUUAUGUAUAGGUUGUCAAAAUAAGGUGAUGGCCAUUGGAGCCUUCCAGUGGGUGUUACGAGUUUCACUAUACUAAUAUUUAAACACUGGAAUUUAAGUAUAGUCACGCUACGCUGUAAUGGUUUGAAAACGGCGCAGAAAAUGUUUAAAUGGAACGAGAUGAAAACGGAGCACUUGGCGGUUUCGUGUGAACACAAACGCCGUUAUAUUUUCUACUGAUUGCAAACCAAGCAUCUCGGGUUUCAAAAUUGUAAAUUCCAGUGCUUCUCGUUAAAUUCUUUGCUCUUUAAAAUAUUUUGGGUUUACAUAAGUGCUAAAUUUAAUUUGUAACGGUGUAUAGUGUUAGCACACGUAAAUUAGCUUUUAUCUCAAAACCAAUAAAAAUGGCCACAAAUACAGUAAGAUGUAGGACUAAUUUUUGUUAAAAUUUCUUUGUACUUUAUCCUAACCCACGUUCAUCAAAAUGUUGUCCUUUUAGCGUUAAAAACCUGGUCUAUAUUUUAGUAAAAUGAUUUUUCGUCCCCCUACUUUCUCACCACAGCUACUUACUUUAAAUGAUUCUAAAAGCCCUGAUUCUAUGAUCGUGCUUGCGUUUCGUUUCAGGGCAGACGAUGUAGCGAGUGAUUUUAUGUUAAGAUAUGUUUCUGCUGGUAUACAGUGCAUCCAUGGUGAUAGGUAAGUAAAUUUGAAUCUUUGAAAGAGGUUAUCACUAUCACAUGCACACUGAUCAAAACAAGGGAUUAAAUUUACGCUAUUCCGUUGUUCCGUAUACAGUGAAAUGCCUGACGGAAUUGUACAUUUCAUGCUGUUGGCAUUCCGUUUGUUUGGUAGAAUCAGAGUCUCAGCCAGGCUUUCUUCUUUCUUUUGGCUGUUCACUUGACCAUGAUUGUAUCGGACUUGUUAGAACAACCUUGCAACAAGUCUGAUAAACUUGUUGACAACUUGGGGCAAGCAGUGCGAAGACAACUUGUUGGCAGACUUGCUACAACAUGCGAGACUUUUGCGUGUGUACAAUUACGACAAUAUAAACAAUACAAAAACAUUUUCAAAUCGACAGGUUUAUCACUUGUCAGUUGUGAAAUCAAACUAUUACUAUAUUUUACAAUUGCUAACUUGCUAGUUUGUUUUAUUCCACGUUACUUUUCAGUAUAUUCAAGUCAUUGUCAGCCAAACUUCGGUUAUAAAUUGCAAAGUUUUAAAUGUGUUAAUUAAAGUUUUUAUAUGUGAUAAAAAAUCAUGUUCAAUUAAGGUUGUCCUUCCAAAAGCUAAAACCUUAAACUGUGAGCGCGCAAGGGAUGAUGAGUUUUUACUUAUAUUAUUCAUAUAUAUAUAUAUAUAUAUAUAUAUAUAUAUACUUGUCCUCCCCACUAUGUGCAUGUAUAAAUCUUACCGGUAACUAGUUCCAAAAAUUAAGGGUUUAACUUUUACAACUGCACUCAUGCAAAUAUCAAAAUCUGUUUUUCCAGUUGUAUAGUAGAAAGUAGGAACAAAUGUAAAUUUUGACUUGUGCAAAGCAUAUUUUGUUUGUCUUUUUCCCGUAGAGAACAAUGUGACCGAGAACAAGCUUUAGAUGAUUUCAAGACGGGACGUGUACGUGUGCUCAUUGCAACCGAUGUUGCGUCCAGAGGAUUGGAUAUUAAAGGAGUCACGUAAGUAAGACUUCUUUAAGAAUUCUAGGAUUGUAAUUGACUCUCCUAAAAACAGCAGGUUUAUUCUGGUUUCUCCGGUGGUAAACGCAAUUUCCGCAGAAUGAAAACUUUGUAGAAUGUGAUUGGCCAACAUAAAUUUUCCUUUGGAAGAAAGUUUUGAAGUUGAACAUUCUCAACUUUUAACAAUGAUAUUUUCGGAAAAUUUUCUGUCCUGUGGAAAUUUUUCGUGAGUGGAAAUGGGCCCUCAUACUGGACCAAUGGAAAUGACAAACAAUUUGGAUCUGAUAUAGAGCUAUUUGGUAGAUUUUCUUCUGUAGCAACACUGGACCAACCGUGGUUGACACUUCGCUACUGGACCUCUAGGGACUGAACGAGUUAUCCAGAAUAAAUAUAUACUUGGAUUUCUUCUAUAAUAACAAAAGACUAAUAAUAAUAUAAAUAGGGAUUUAGAAAAUAUAAGUGUAUGGGUUACAAAGAAAUAAAUUACAAAUUCAUCUUACGAAAACUAAAGGCAUGUUUUUUAGGCUAUUAGUAAACCCAGGGACAUGGAAUGCGUGGUGGGCCAUUGGAUGGGGGAAGACUGUCAUUCUGGCGUUGACUUGUAUUAUUCACACAAUCUCUUGCAUGUGUCCGACUCCCUGGCACUUAAAACAAAUUCUGUUCCCUCUUUCGUCAAAGCCGCGGAGGGAGGGGUUUCGGCCGCCUCUUCCUCCCUGAUUCCGCUGAAUAUUACUGUUGGAUCUGGAAAGGGAAAUAAGGGUUUGGAACAAAUUAUCAAUCGACUUACGCUGCUCUUCGAGGGCUUGCAAUACUUUAUCCAUCUCUUUGUUUGGCUGUGUGGUUGAGACUGCUUCACUUGAUACAUUUCCUUUUGUAGGACGCAGCUUUUCAUCCUCCUCUGCCCAGUGUAGAGCUUCUUCUCGUACUUCUAGGAACUUAGAGCUGGAGUUGCUUCGUACCAUGCGCUUUAAUUCGUAGAAGUGGAUCUCCGUGUCGGUCACGGAGGGCCUGGUCACGAGAAGGUAUGAGGGUGGGGUCUCGCGAAUAAAUUCGAUUGUAAAUCUCACACAGCGCAUGCGAGAACUGUAUCCUUUUGUUUUCGUUCGUAAAAUGACUUAAGUAACUGUGGUGUGGUUCUCCGCUCGCCAAAAGCCUCAAAUAAGAUAUUGCAGAUUUUAUCAUUGCAGAUAUUUCUUCUUUGCUGAUGAUUCCAAAAGUGAUAACACAAAGUCUGUUUGUUCAAUUUGGGUCAUUUUCCUAGCUGAUAUCAAACUUUUCACAUUGUCAACAAAAUUCUCCACUGUAUCUUCAUCUGCCUUUCGACUACCAGAAAACUUUUGUAUUUUACGCUCUCGGAAAACAUACACAACUUGGGGUGUCUAUGCUGGACUAUUUGGUGCAUUCUUACUUGAAGUACCAGCCUCGCCCUGGCUAACAGUUACUGCUGAAAGUGCUUGUUUUGUGUGUUAUUCUCAUUUUUUUUUAACUUUUCGAUUUCAGCCAUUAAGGUUUCCAAUAGAGAGUUGUCCUCACCGCCUUCGGCUGCUGCACCAGCAACAUCGCCGCCCUCGUUUUGCUCCUCAUCAGACAUAUAUAGUAUUUUAAUAUUUUAUUGCACGAAUGUUCAAAAUAAUCCUGCCGACUACGCCAAAUGUGAACGGGAGAUAAUAGACUCGUGAGAUAAUUUUCUCUUUUAUUUUGAACACCCCAAAAUACGAGGGCGAUGGUUACAAGCAGGCAACUGCCCGAGAAUGUUAAUUCCCUUUGUCCCUUUCUUGUUGAUAUAAAACUAAACCCGCGGCUGUGUCGUUGAGUGAGCUUCGAGAAGAACAUCUAUCGAGUAACAUUUACGAGUUUAAUUUGAAACAUACAGUCAGGCCUUGUUAACAACUUCGUCCCUUAGAAUAACCGUUAUGACGUAUUUUAUGAAAAAUACAUGCCAAUAAACACUUAGUUUCAUGGUACUCCUUUGUGUUGCUUUAAUCACACUCCUUGUAUUGUUUUGAACUCGAACGCCACAUUUGCCUUCCCUACCCUCCAUAUGUCCCAAUUGUUAUCUCCCAAAAUCUGGGAGACACGUGACCAGCCUGGACCAAGGUCUUUCCCAUGAGACGAGGCUAGUAGUGGUAAGAGCCGGGGUACGAGGUUGUAGUCUAAAUUGGAGCAUUGUUUCAUCCUUUGUAUAAUCUAGACAUGUGAUAAACUACGACUUUCCUCGAGCAAUUGAAGAUUACGUUCAUAGAAUUGGAAGAACUGGUCGCGCUGGGUACGUAGAUUUACUAAAAUGUAAACAUUCAUAAUACAGUACUUGUAGUUUCUUUGUUUUUAUUUAUUAUCGUAUCGCAAUACGGUACACAUGACAUUUCAAACGUAGCAGUCCAGUAAAAAUUUGCCACGCGUUGAUAAAUAUUGCCCAAGAAUUUUUUCGUCAUAAAUUGGGCGUGGAUUGGGGAGGAGGGCUUGCCGACAGUUUUUCGAUUAUUUUAAUGUCCCUUUAAUCAAAAGAUUAUUUCGAUUAUUUUAAUGUCCCUUUCUCUCGAAAACCAGAGGCUUUCCAGUUUCCCUCCAGAUUAAAAAAAAUUAAAUAAGUAUUUAUCGCUUCCCUGCAUAUAUUAAACCACCAUCGGCAAACUGUUUGUCAGGUUGAGCUCGGUUUUCUGUGCUGCCGAAUACUACAAGACCAGUCAAAGCCUUUGUGGCAUAAUUAUGGCUUAUGUGCCCGGUUGUUAGCACAUAGCCGCUUUAUUGUUUUGAUCAAUUUUUAAUAAUUAACAAGAAAAAUUAUUAAUUAAUAACUAUAUAACAUUUAGCACAGAAAAUGUGGGGGUAUUACUAACGCCCACUACACAUAACUUAUCUAUAUAAGUUCAACAUGCAUAUAGCGUCUAACAACGGGGAGGAGGGCAGCACGAGCAUUUUAAGUAUGGUAUAAAACACUCGGACGUGUAUUUUAAAUAAUAGGCAGCUUUUAUACAACGCCUGCAUUUCAAGCCGUAACAAGUGCAACUUAAAAUUCGGUUCAGUAGAACUCUUCCCAAACAUAAAGCCAAUGUUUUCAACUUCUUAUACUGUAUUAAAAUCAUAUACGAAUUAUAAUAUACGACAAGUUUUCUUUACUUCGUCGUCGUGUUGCCGUCCUACAUGCUUAAGCUCCCUAGUACUUCGAACACGACUACAACAUAGAUGCCGUCUCAUUAGUAUUCCUUAUAUAAAGAAUACUAAUUAGGAUGGACUUCAAUGUAAAGAAUACUAAUGAAGAUGAGUUGUAUCAGGUAUAUACAGCCUCUUCACGUGACAUAUUAUGGUUGACAUGUUUUGCCAAUAAGCUUAAUUAAUGAGUGUACAUUUAUUAGACCUAAAGGAACGGCUGCUGCACUGCGCUGUAACCUACUGAGCUACAGAGUCCAGGGCAUAGAUAUCUUAUAUACACUAGAUAGUGCAUCUAAUUACAGUAUUCUGCAAUUCAGAAAUUGAAGCCGUGAUUGCAGACUCAGGAUAUUCCCAUGAAAUGAGAAGAUUCGUAUGUUUUCUAUUUCUUAAACAGGGAACUUAAACAUUAAGUUAAACCUAUUCCAAAUACAUUUUGAAACUAUUCAAAUGAUGAAUAUUAUUAUGAAUUGCGUGAUGUUAUGAAUGAUGAAUUUGCGUUUAUUAGCGAGUGGGAAACUCCAACAUGGCCGCCAUCUAUUCAAAUUGGGGUAACCGCUGGAAUAUUCUUGGCUUCAAUUUUACUAAAAGAGAUGCGCUAUCCAGUGUAUAUAAGAUAUCUAUGGUCCAGGGCCGCAGGUUCGAUUGUUCGCAGCUGUUCCUGGUUAGGUCGAAUAAAUGUAUAGAAAUUUCCACUCGAUAAUUUCUAUCUACAUGCAAGACCCGUCAGCCAAUAUAUUAUUCAAUCGAGAUGCCAACAAAGUAUAAUGUUUCAUGAAUUUUGUGAUUUUAGGUCAAAAGGUUCGUCUCUAAGUUUUAUUACGCGAGAAGAUUGGAAACAAGCCCAAAAUUUAAUCGAUAUUUUAGAAGAGGCAAACCAGG